UGCUUUCAAGAGGAGCCGAUGUGGAUAUAGAUUCUGUACAAGGGACACCAUUGCAUGCAGCUCUUCUUUAUAGACAAGAUGGCACAAUGAAGAUUUUAUUGGAGCACCAUGCCGAUCCUAACAAGGUUUUCGCUAUUGGUUAUACCCCAUUGAGUUGGGCUCUCCGGCCCAUGCCUACAGUGUCAUUGGAAUCUGUCAAGCUACUCAUUGAGGCUGGUGCUGAUGUGAAUUUUAUUGACUUCACUGGGAUAGUUACGUCAUGUUGGCAGUGAAGUAUGACAUACCUGGCACUGGCAUCUUGAAGUGCUUACUAGAUGCUGGUGCUAACCCCAAUAUUCCAGAUGAAUGUGGUACGACACCAAUUGAACUUGCUGCCUCUAAAGGCCGUAGGGACAUGGUUGAAAUGUUAUUCCCUUUAACCUCUCCUAUUUCAACACUGCCGGAGUGGAGUAUUGAUGGAAUCAUUUCUCAUGUGAAACACUUUGGUUUGAAACCGAUGGAUAAGCAAAAGCGUGCAAAGAAAUUAACUGAACUGAAACAGAAAGCUUCAGAGGCUUUUAAGAGUGGGCAGUAUUAUAUAGCAGCACUGCUGUAUAGUAGUGCAAUGGCAUUUGACCCUAGUCCAGAUGAUUUUGCAACCAUCUUGGCAAAUAGGAGUCUCUGCUCAUUGCGCGCUAUGAACGGAAGAACGGCUCUCGCUGAUGCUAGCAGGUGCAGAAUGCUCCGGCCUCUUUGGCCAAAAGCCUGCUAUCGAGAAGGGGCAGCUUUUAUGUUAUUGAAGAAUUAUGAGAAAGCAUGCAAGGCUUUUGCCGAUGGCUUGAAGCUUGACCCUACAAACGGUGAUCUUGCAAAUGCUUUAAGGGAAGCCCAAGAGGCAGCGAAGAAUGCUCGUUGCCCUGGAAAGUAA